AUGGCUGGCUUCCCCAUCAACAACGCGCCCUUCUCACAAUCAUCCUACAUCGACGACGCCGACUUCUUCGACGACGACCCCGCCCGCUACUCGCCGCCCUUCUCGGACGAGGAGUAUACUGACCAGAUGGGGUACUCUCGCCGCAACAAUGUGGUAGACGAGUACCUCAACGGUUUCGAAGUCUUUGAGGACGAGGAAGAAGAGCAGCAGUUUGCACUUUCCAUGGCCAACACGCCCGUCACCGAGGCGCCCCCACUGAGGCCGGCGAGGAGGGCGACCAUCUCGACCUCGCGGUCUGGUCUCCAGCCAACUCAGACCUUUGCCGGCGAUCGUGGGGUAGGCUCUGCCUCCCGUUGUCGCCACCCACCACGCCGAAACACACACAAGCAAGGGCCCAUCCCUCCUUCAGGCUCAUCGCCCCAGGCUGUUUCUCCAGCGGGCCAAGCCUAA